AUGCCCAUCACAAUUCUCCGUCCACAGCCGGCGGCGCAACAACGGCCGGCGGCCGCCCUUGACUCGGAUUACGAUUCUUCAGACUCUGAUGGCGGCGUCGAUGUGCAGGGCGACGUGUCCAUGCGCGCAGCCAAGCGGCAACGGACCAUGGCCGACGACGACGCCGAGGCGGAUGAGAUUCUCACACCCGGCACGCUCAUCACCUCCAACCCGCAAUGGAUGCGCGGCCACGGCACCUACGUCCCGCAAGGGUCCACCAGCAUCACGUCGUCCCUCGCCGGGACGCUGACCAAGACCAACAAGCUGCUGUCGGUGCGGCCGCUGCGCGCGCGCUACACGCCCGAGAUUGGCGACCUCGUCGUCGGGCGCAUCGUCGAGGUGCAGGCCAAGCGGUGGCGCGUGGACGUGGCGGCGGCGCAGCUCGCGAUCCUCCAAAUCUCAGCCAUCAACCUGCCGGGCGGCAUCCUGCGCAAGCGCACCGAGACGGACGAGCUGCAGAUCCGGACCUUUUUCGCCGAGGGCGACCUCGUCGUGGCCGAGGUGCAGCAGCUGCACCAGGACGGCGCGGCCAGCCUGCACACGCGGUCGCUCAAGUACGGCAAGCUGCGCAACGGCGUCUUUGUGCGCGUGGGCGGCACCGGCGGCGGCGGCGGCGUCGUCCGCGCCAAGCGCCAGGUCUGGACCAUGGAGCCCGCCGCCACGGCCGCCGCCGCGCACAAGAUGGACGUGCUGCUCGGCGUCAACGGGUACAUCUGGAUCAGCCGCCACGUGGCGAGCGAGGCGCCCGCCGAGGCCGCCGGCGUCAACCGCAUGGAGGAGGCCGUCAGCAGCAGGGUGUACGCCAGCCAAAACGACGACGUCGACGUCGCGACCAUGCGCGAGAUUGCGCGCGUGCGCAGCGUCGUGCUGGCCCUCGUCGAGGCCGGCCUGCGCGUCGACGAGGACACCGUCACGAGGGGCUAUCACGAGGCCGUCGAGCUCGGCCGCGAGACGCCCGAGGAUGAGCUGUACUUGGGCGGCGAGCGAGGGCGGCGGUUCGCGGCCGUCAUGGCGGGUGUGUAG